CUAAAGUUCAAAAACAUAAAGGACUCCAACGCGUCUUCAUCUCAUCUAAAUGAAAUUUCAACUCUUCUUGGCACCGUAGUUGUUCCAAAUCGCCAUGGAAAUGAAAUCUGCUUUUAUUCAAGUCUUCUCAUUAAGAAAAUGAUUGAGGCUCAGUAUCAUAGAACUGAGUUCGUCAAACUCCUUGUUAAUGAAGGAGGCAUCACUGAUGUUCUACUCGAUUACCACUUUGAGGAUCUGACAUAUGUUCGGGUCCAUCCAGAUAAACCUCGCAUUUUAGGAGUUAUCUGUACUUUAAGAACACUCAAUUCUCCAAACCCAAUAUCUAGAUUCACCGCUUUCAGAAUUUUGUCGAAGGCUAAAAAGUUUGCCUAUCGCCUCCAGCAAAUCUAUUGCGACUACAUGGACGGGCAUCAUUCGCAUCAAUUGUGA